AUGUCCGCCUCGGAAGAGCUUGUACCUUUGAGCGAAGCCACCAGGAUAACGAGACUAGACUCCAAUGUCUACGGGGCCAAUCUGGCUUCUGGGUGGUGCAUUGGUUCAGUCCCGAAUGGCGGCUACGUCGCGUCCGUGAUAUUGCGCGCGGCAUCUCUGCACCUCGCAGGCCGUGGCCAGCCCGACACCAUCUCUGCCCAUUUCGAAUACGUCAACCGCACCGAGAUCGGGCCCGCGAUAGUCGUCGUCGAGGAGGUCAAGAUCGGCCGGAAUCUCUCGACGGUGCACGUCUCGCUCUACCAGCACGACCUCCAGUCGUCGGCCCCUUGGUUCACGCCCAAGUCGCGGAAAGAGGUCGUCGGCUACUUCAUCAACACGCUCCUGACCGUCGAGAAGGGCCUGACGCUCAAGACGGCGUGGUCGAUGACGCCGCCCACCAGACCGGCCGACUUCGCCCUCCUCGCCCUGGAUAAAGACCCGCACUGGGCGAAGCGGGCGAGGCUCAACGCCCGCGCGACGUCGUUUGCGCGCUCGCACAACAACCUGGAGCACUACCUGCCGCGCGAGGGGACGCCCCGCGGCAUCUCGGACGUAUGGAUGCGCCUGAAGUCGGGCGAGAGGUUCACCAACGCCUCGCUCGGGUACGUCGUCGACGCGAACCCGACGGUCAUCGAGGCCUGGAGGCCGAGGCCCGACGAGGAGCAGACGCCGUUCCGCUCGGGCGAGAUGUUCUGGUACCCGACGCUCGCGCUGAACCUGGACGUGAAGAAGGCGUUGCCCGCCGACGGGGCCGAGUGGCUCUUCAUCCGGUCCAUGGCCAAGGUGAUCCGGAACGGCAGGCUCGAUCUCGAGGUCACCGUUCUGGACGAGAGCGGAGACGUCGUGGCGCUGAGCACCCAUGUCAACAUGGUGCUGCCGGCGGAGAGGAAUAUGAAAGAGCGAAGUCAUGUCGCGGGGAAGCUGUAG